AUGUCUACCCCCGAGGAGUCCCCCGCCCAGCGCGCCGCCCGCCUGCGACGUGAACGCCGCGAGGCGAAAAUCAAGGAAGGAGGAUCAGCUCGCCUGGACAAGAUCACUAGCCUCAGCGGCCGUACUCCGCAGUCAGUAGUACGCGAAGAAGCUUCACCAUCUCCCCAGCUCGCAGUCUCGCCAUCCCCGUCUCCAGUACCACAAAACCGGCCACCACCAGCUCCUCAACCAGAUAUGCCGUCCGAUUCUGAAUCCCUCCAAGCCCAGCAGGAGGCUUUCCGUGCCAUGUUGCGACAGGUGGCCCCCGGCCAAGGACAACAAAAUGAUGUGGAGGACCCCACGCUGAAGCUUCUGGAGAACCUCCUGGGUGCCAUGCCCGGCAGCACAAAUGCACCCCCACCCGGUGCUCCAGAUGCCCCGGGAGCCCCGGGUGCUAUGCCUGCACAGCCGCAGCCAGGUCUCUCGCCAGCCGCCAUCGCAUCCGCACUCGGUGUGCCACCAUUUAUCGCCAACAUGCUCGGUGGAGCAUCUCAACCACCGACUGAGCAGGAGCAGAAGGCUGUCCGGACAUGGAAGGCUUUGCAUGCUAUUUUCGCGCUCGGAGUGGCCAUGUACCUCCUGUUCACCAUUGGGACAUCGGUUGCGACGUUCGGUAGCCCGCCACCAAAGCCGGCUACUGCCCAAAACCCGUUUUUGAUCUUCGUUACUGGCGAGAUGGUUCUUACUGGAGGGCGAGUGUUAUUCGGUGGGAAACAAGCGGGGCUUGGGAUGGUGGUACAGCUAUUCAGAGACAUUAUUCGAGAUGGGAGUCUCGUGCUGUUUGCGCUCGGCCUGGGUACUUGGUACAACCGGGAGUGGCAGGGUGUUGGUAAUUAG